GGGGGGCGGGGGCUGAUGCGGUCCGGGGCUGCCUUUGUGCGCGGCUCGGGGCCGUUUCAUUCCGCGCUGUUCUCCUGCGGAGCGGCUAUGGCUGGUCCCUUCCCGGCGCACGGCUGCGACAGCGGCGCUCUGCUGGGAGGUUUCGGGGUCCUGCUGCAGGCGCUGCUGGCUCUCUGCGUCUGCAGCACCCUCAUGCUGAAACGAUUUAGUGAACCAAAGGAACAGAGGCGUCCUUGGAAGAUAUGGUUUUAUGACACCUCCAAGCAAGCUGUGGGUGCCCUCUUCAUCCACUUUUACAAUGUCUUUCUGUCAAGUCGCACAGAGGAGGAUCCUUGCUUUCUCUACCUCCUUAACUUCAUCCUUGAUACCACGCUGGGGAUGCUGCUGAUCUGGCUUGGCGUCAAAGUCGUCUCCCGAAUUGCACAGCGCAAGAAGUACAAGUACCUGCUCUUUGGAGAAUAUGGAGAUCCUCCACAAGCUGCUGCCUGGGUUGGCCAAUGUAUCCUCUACUUGCUGAUAGUGGCUUUUGAGAAGACUGUGAUUACCUUUGUCCUGUUUAUCCCUGGUUGGAGAAAGCUUCAGCAGAUUCUCCUGGGUUAUGUACCAAACAGCAAGCUGAAGCUCAUCCUGGUCACGUUUGUCAUGCCUUUUAUAGUCAAUGCCAUUAUGUUCUGGAUCGUGGACAGCUUGAUCAUGAGGAAAUACAAGCAGAAGGACACCCUGAGAAUCAAUGGAUCCAUCAAAACUCCUCAGGCUAAGAUGACUGAGGAAACGGAGCUGAUGUGGCCAGGGGAUACCCUACACAUGGAUCUGUCUGCACUGUGCAAAUGCUCCAGGCUGGUGGAAGCCAGUAGCUCAAAGUAGCCUGUUGAUAGCUUCAAGUCUGAAACUAGCUAUGAGAACAGAGGUGUUCCUGGUGACAAUGGGUGUCCUUUUGAUCAUGUAGCAAAGCCAUGGGCUUUCUCAUCUGGAAAGGUACUGGCAUUAAUCUCUCCAGAUGGGGAUUCUGAACAGUCUGAAAGCGACCAGGAUGUUUCAGGACCCUUGAGAACAAGCCAGAAGAUGAAGCAGCCCAGCUAUCAAGUGGUCAUCUGACAACACUGCAACAAAGGAGGUGGAGCAAAUGGAAGCAGCACUGUGGUUCUUGAGCUGGCCAAGGAAGGGCAGACUAGGGAAUGCAAACUGGUCCCCAUGGAUCUGCAGAGAUCUUUUUUGCCUGUCUCAUCUAGUUGUCUCUCUUUUGGGAUGGUGUCUGUGCAUCCUGUACAGGCUUGAGCAGUAUCUGCUUUAUCUGUCUGACCCUAACCUUACACAUGCAGGCAUGUUGAUGUUGGGGUGUGGAUGGGUACUUCCCCUGGCUGGACAGCUGGGUGUAACUUUUUGUCAGGGUUAGGGGCUGAAAUCAAAGGAAUAUCUGUUUUGGUCUGGGUUUUUUAAUAGAAAAAAAAAUCUAUCCUGUACCACCUGAGAUGUGACACUUCUCCAUCCAGAAUACUCAGAAGAAUUGUUUUGCAAUGUGUAUUUAAAUAUCUUUCAUUGGGAAGGUUGUCUUUGAUGUUUUUUACUGUUUUAUAAUGAAUGCAAUAAAUAUUUGGUCUAGAACUGAUUCAUAAGUGAAA